CUCUCCAUCCCAGCACUAGUAUUUGAGUUGGCAGUCUGUGGGUGAAGUUCUGAGGCAAAGUUAACCUUCAGCAUUACCUUCAAGCUUUGUAGUUUUCGUGUGUGCAAAAGAGACAGAAAAGAAUUGAAAGCAUUAUGAAUGAAAACAAAUGAUGGCAAUGGCAUAGUAAAAUCUAUAAUCCACCAUUUUAGAACUACCUGUUACCUUGAAAAACGUGUGUGUAAAAUUAAGAGAUAUGCCCUAAAUAUAUUUUGCAACACUCCCUCUUCCAGCAUCUGCUCCAAAGAACGUUAAAUCCCAAAUGAAACUAAUUGAAUUACUUGAGGGAAAUUGCUAUGGUUUCUUCUCCCUUGAAAGCAAAGCUCUGAACUGUUGGAAAGCAAUAAAUGAGCAUAGUCCCGGUAACUUUAUUGAUUUCACACCUGCUUCUUUCGAUCAUGCAAUGUUUUCAAGCAAAAGAGAGAAGCAAUAUGUUUUUAUUUGCUAUGAAGGCAUACUAAUCCAUAUCUAGCCCACCUUCCUUCCUUCCCCAUCACCCUGCAAUGUAAUGAUAAUCAUGCCCUUCUCUUUCUACCUUUGUCUAGGCAAACUUCCCCUGUAUUCAUCCAUUCUAUUUUCCACCCCAACAUGUCACUGCCCUUGCUCAUUGUUUCCCUACCACAAUCACAGUGUGCUUUGCAUGCUAUGUCCAGAGUUCUCCCCAGACCCAGCAUCAACACAUGGCAUCCUCAGACACCUUUCAGAACAGGGUGCACCACUGAAACCUGGUCUGGGCCUCCUGUUGACUACUGGGGGUCUGGGACCUGCUAUUUGAAUUUGCCACAAUGCCCCCAACAUAGUAUGGCUCUGGGGCACCGUGGGAAAUUAAAAUGGCAACCCUAAUUAGGGGUACGGAAGCCACCAUUUUAAUUUCCCACAGUGCUCUGGAGUGAUGCUAAAUUGUGGUGAUGUAUUGUGAAAUAUUAAAAUUCCCCUACCCAGACCCACCCCCUGGGAAUUCGACAUGAAUGGUGACUGCAACACACUGAUGAAUGCCAGGUAAUCAUGUCCGGAGAACUUAGAUACAAGCCAUCAAACCUGGAGCCAACACUGACUUUCUGUUCUUGUACAUAUGGGUAUAUAUAGGAAUGUAGAUUGCAUAGACCUAAAUAAAGCUUCAUUUAUGGACAUGCACAUUGCUUUAACUUUUCUGAAUCUGUGCUUUACUCUAAAGGAGCUGAAUUCCAUGCAGCUUACACUAUCUACUGUCGAAUGAGCAUGAUGCCCAUUAAUUAAGAAACGCUGUUUUGAAAAUCUGUAGAACCUGUAACUCUUUGAAAGAAGGAGUUACACAAAAACAGUGUUUGAACAUCAUAGGGAGCUAAGGCAUAGAACAUGGGUAGGCAAACUAAGGUCUAUGAACAGAACGUGUUGAAAUGGUCUGCAGACUAGAAAAAAGAAAAAAAUAACAAUUUCCGAAUAGAAGUAAAAUAUGUUUACAAUUCCAAGUUAAAAAAAGCAAAAACCUAAAACUGAAUUUUGUAUUGGAUCUUCACUAAGACAACUAAAAAUUGAAAAGAAAAUGUUUAAAAAUGAAAUUAAAAUAGAGGGGAUACUUGUAUGGAUGUAUUCCCUCAGAAUUCAGAACCCAAAUCUCUUCUUUUCUGAGUUUAGGGACCUUUACCUCCAACGAGGUUAACUUACUGAUUAGUUCCUUGGAAUGGAAAGUUUGUUUUGUUUUUCUUUUGCUUUCCAGGACUUCAUAUUCCUUAGUAAGGGCUCUAGACUGUAGUGUUUGGCGGGGCAGAGUGGGAUGGAGCGGCUUCCCAGCGCCAGUUUCACUUCUGGGUACCAAAAGUGGAAGGUGGGAAGGUGGUUCAGUGCAGCAGCGCAGGUGGAGCUAGUCUGAUGCUCCCUCGCCUCUCUGCCUCGCCUCUGCCCCUCUCAAUAACCAGCAGCGUGGCUGCUGUUGGGAAGCCAGGGGGUAAAACACUUCCUAAGAAGAAACAGCAGCAAAAGAGCUUUUUCAAUACUAGCACUAUAAUCACUUCCCAGAAGAACAAUGUAGCUUGCCGCUUAUUGUCAGCCAGGCUUCACAAAGUUAAAGAGCUGAAAAAUGAAGUGUCUGUUCUGAAGAAAAAACUGGAGGCAUCCAACAUGGAAAAUCAGAUCUUGAAGCGGCUUCAAUAUCGACAUUUGAAAGCAAUAAGUAAAUACGAAAAUGCAGAGACUAAUCUGCCUGAUCUUCUAGCAAAACAGUGUGGUGAAGUGAGGACUCUCAGGGUACUUCUUAGGAAAUCUCAAGAGCAGGAGCGCAGUGCGUCCAAGAAACUUAGAGAAGUUGAGGCACAACUACUAAAGACAAAAGAUACCUUACUGGCAUUGCAGAAACUUUCAGAAGACAAGAAUCUCGCAGAAAGAGGAGAACUUAGACGCAGGUUAAACACCCUCACACAAAGAAUGGAAAUCGGUGAUAAGAGAAUUCAGGUCUUAGAAAAGCAGCUGCUGUUGAAUAAUACCUCCUUUAGUCAUCAGUUAGCAGUUGAGAAGAAAAAGACUCUUGAAGCUCAGUUGAUUACCACGAAUUUGCAAAUGGAAAUCAAGUCGCUUAACCAAAAAAUCAAGGAAAAAGAACGAGAACUUGGUGUGAGAAAUAUUUAUGCAAAUCGGAUGCUUAAAGGUCAACAGGACAAAGGUGGUUCAGAGUCUCCCCCCAAAGCUGUCAAUGUCUCCAAGUCGGUACAAGUAGAUGUGAAUCUAGAAGCAACAGCUCUUCAAAAGCACGAGGCAGAGAAAAGUUCAGUUGUUUUUUUAAAAGAGGAGUUGACAACCAAAGAUAUUAAUUGCAAAGACAAACUAUGUGAUGUGGAUAAAGAGAUGGAAUCAAAAACAGAAGUUCAUCAAAAUCAAAAAUUAACAAUGCAACAGAUUUCGAAUAUAGCAUGCACAGAGUUAUUAGGGGAAGAGAUAUGUCCAAAUACAGAAAAACUUUUCAGAUGUGAAAACCUAGAAAGACAGAAAAACAGGAGGGAAAGACAAAGGCUCAACUUGUUGAAAGAAGAGUUUGAGAAAUUAAGGACAGACCAAGCAUUGGAGUCCACACAUGACAUCCAACAAAAAAUGAAUAACCAGGAAGAAGUUGCAACUGAAAAACAAGAAAAUGAGCCAAAACAAGUGAGCUGUGAUAAAAUGGAAACAGUAACACAAAGAUACAAAACACCUUCCACAUUAAAGAAACAGUAUGUAUUUUCAGAAGCUGUUGAAAAUUUGCAUCAGGGAUACCCUUCAACAGGUCCACUGUCCAACACAAGCACCACCUGCAGUAGUAGACAAGUGAAUAGACACCAGGGUGAAAUAGCUGAGUUGAAGGCAGAAAAUUCAAGCAGUGCCUAUGACCCGUCAUUUGGUAAGGUUACCAAAACAAGGCAAAAGGACACCACGUUGACGCUUGGCAAAGAACACAUUCCUGCAGUAUCAACAGAAAAGAAAACCACUCUUAUGGAAGAACUCUUUGGUCCAAGCUGCAUCUUAAAGGACAGUCACUCAAAACUUAAUUUAAAAGAGGCAGUUAAGGAAAAAAAAACUUUGAUGAGUGAAAAGUCUUAUGAGAUUUCACAAGUCAAUGAUGGUUUGCAGUGUGGCGAUUCCAAACAAGCCCAUAUAAAGGUUUUCCAUACAUUUGCCUUUCUGGAAAACUUUAAAUAAUUACUGCCAUAAUUUAACAAUAUUUUCAUCUUAAAACACACACAGUAUAUGAAAAUAAUUCAUUAACUGCUGCAGACUGGGUCCCCCCCCCCCCCGGAAAAAGUUUCAUUUACCAUAAGAGGUAGACAUUUUAUAUUCCAUUGCAGGAAAACAUGCAUCCAAGUUAUCAGUUUAUAUUUAACAAUGAAAUCAUCAUACUGCAGUGCAUUUUUAAAAAUUAAAAUGAAGCACAAUGACAGGUCUAUUACUAGAGCUCUAAAUAAGAAUACACUGAAAAGAAUUGCAUUGAAUAGGCAUUGGUGGUAAAGCUUAUUGGGGAAAAAGACAGUUAAUGUGUAUUUACAAUAGAAAAUGAGGCACUGCAUAACUUUUUUCUUAUUCCAUUCCACAAAGCCUCUUAAAUGAAUGCAGUGAUUCAAAUUAUCUACAUGGUCCCAGUUAGGAAAGUGAAUGCUUAGAUGAAGGGGCCUUCAAAUAGGGCGCUUUUGACCCAUCCAUGUUGAUUUGUGUAAUCUGAUAUAGACAUAAUGAGUGCAAGUUAUGGGGCUAUUGCCAGAAAGAAGAAUGACAGUAAGGCCUAUUUUAUUAACUCUCAAAUUUGGCCAUCUUCAGACUACACAGACUAAUUCAUCUGUCUAUACAAAUUUCUCAGUGCAGGAAGAUAUGUUGGUUACAGUAAUUUCUAUGGUUAUAAUUGGAUAUCCAUAUUGUUUUUUACUAUUGUAACUGAACCCCAAAUAUGGAAAACAGGUAAAAUUCGAAACAGCCAUUAAAAGCUCUUCUUCUAAUCAAACAUUCUUGGUAAUUUAAAUAUUAAAUAUUGUGCUACCCACAACUUUGUUCUCUUUUAUUUUCCUUCUUAGAACACAAAAUAUUGAACACAAUUAGUACAAAGAGGUGUCAAUAUAUGCAACAGGAGCCAGUAUGAUUAAACACAGAACUGCAACAAUGUAUCAUUUCAUCUGUUCCUAACAAAUAGGAGAUUAAUCUUACUGCCAUGAUGUACCUAGAGCACUUAGGAUCAGGGAAGCUGCACACCAGCACCACUAUAGUGGUACAGUAUUCUAUUAAAGUGGCAGACAUGGGCUCAAUACAAGUGGGAGAGGAACAUGUCUGCAGACAGAGCCAACAGAUCACCUGGGCAGUAGAGGGAGCCAUAGCAUUGUGUUAAGAACUAUAUUAUUCCCUACAUGGGAAUCUAAAAAGCUUUCAGUCAUCAAAUGGGUACAGAUUUAGCACAAACCUAUCCAGCAAGUUUAUUUGUGUCAAUGGUUGUUUGGAAAUUUUAUCUAACAUGUAAGUUCUCACAUCUCCUCCUUCUAUUUCUUACACACGUGGCUAGAAUAAAAUAUGCAUCAUGCUGAAUUCUCUAAGCAAAAACACAGCAUGUGGCCAAGAGGGGGAGAAACAGCCACUGUUGAUUAAGGCAAAGACCCUUCCAGUAAUAUUUUGAUACUAAUCAAAAUCUU